AUCUCGCAUCACCCUCAACUUAGAAAACCAGACACAAAUCGCGCCGAGGUUUCCCUCUCUCGAGCCAUUCCUCAAAACCCACUCAAAUCGCCAAUAGAAAAGAAACCCCCUUGGAAAAGCUGGCUCCAUUCACACCCAACCAGCAGCAGCGAGCACCCUGCUGACCCCAAUUCGCUCAUCUAUGUUACUGCGCAACACAAAUGGCCUGCUGUUUAGCCAGUGCCGUGGACGCGUGCGUUGCUGCGACGGGCCACGUUCACCACUUUACAUCCAGAUUGCGGCGACAGCAGCGACAAACGGCGGUGCAGGCACAGGCCCAGGCACAGGCACAGGCUCCCCCGCAGCGGUGACAUCUCUCCAGCGGCGCGUGUUGCGCACUUCCUCGACCGCUUCUGCGGCGUCAUCGACCCGACGACGACCUACCACCGUCAAUUGGUCGUUUUCGACGGCGGUGCUGCAUCGCGGACGACACCUCCCCCCUCCUCCAUCUCCUCUUCCUCCUCCCAUCAUGACAUCGACGCAGCAGCAGCAACAACAGCGCCGCGGCCACGCCGGCCACGGACACCACCACCACGCGCACGAUAACACGUAUCUGAUCUCGUCGAACAAGAAGGAUGCGGGCGUCCGGAUCACGCGCAUUGGGCUUUAUGUCAAUCUCGGCAUGGCGCUGUCCAAGGGUCUCGGGGGCUACGUUUUCAACAGUCAAGCUCUGGUCGCCGACGCCAUACACGCCCUCACCGACCUGGUCAGCGACGUCAUGACGCUAGCCACAGUAUCGUGGUCUCUCAAACCCCCGUCGGCGCGAUUCCCCAGCGGCUACGGAAAAGUGGAAAGCCUAGGAUCGCUGGGCGUGAGCGGGAUCCUACUAGGAGGCGGGCUCAUGAUGGGCUGGGCGGCCAUCAUCGCUCUGUGCCAGCAAUUCCUGCCCGAGUUCGCGGAGUGGGCGGCACAUUGGGGGCUUCUCCCUCACAGCCACGGACACCACCACGGGGUCGGCGAGCUGGGGCCGAGUAUACACGCUGCGUGGUUGGCAGCGGGGUCCAUUUUGAUCAAGGAGUGGCUGUAUCGAGCGACCCUCAAAGUCGCCAAAGACCGCAAAUCCUCCGUCCUCGCCUCCAACGCCUACCACCACCGCGUCGACUCCCUGACCGCCUUCGUCGCCCUCGUCAUGAUCGCCGGCUCGAACCUGCUCCGCAACGCGCAGUGGCUCGACCCCGUCGGCGGCCUCAUCAUCUCCAUGAUGGUCGUCCAGGCCGGCUGGGCCAACACAAAAAUGGCCCUCUUCGAACUCGCCGACGUCGGCAUCGACAAGGAAAUGAGGGAUAAUGUCCGAAGAGCCACGCUCAGGGCGCUGGCGGAUGUUAAUAUCAACUCCGGCUCGGAGGCGCAACACGUCGAGAUACGAGCGGUGCAGGGCAUCAAGUCCGGCCAGAAUUACCUGAUUGAUCUCGAGCUGGCGGCUCCUGGGCAGUGGUCUAUUGAGCAGACGCGAGGCGUCGAGGAGCUUGUGAGGGAGAGGUUGGGAGCUAAGGUGCGGGGCGUGAAGCGCGUGCGGGUGCGGUUCGUGUCAAAGGAUUCGGCUGAGCAUGAUUAUCUGGAUGAGUUUAUUGCUGGAGAUGAUAGCGCGAGGUCGACUCCUGAGGUAGAGCGUGAGCGUGAGCAUGAGCAUGAGCAUGAGCAUGAGCAUAGCCAUGCACACGAAGAAGAGACCAAAGAGAGCGUACGCAAGAGACGAUAGGGCGACUGUACAAUAAAUACAUUGUGUGCAUGUAUAUAGGGCAAGGCGGGAUUCGGCGUUUUGGGGGUUGGAAUUGCAGAUUCAGACUCCCGGGUCAUGUUGGCUACCAUUGCAAAUGACGGUAGAACCAGCUCUUCUAUAUCACCCUCUUUCGAAGACGGCCGCCUACGCGUAGAGUUCCUGCUCAUAAAUACCAGCUCAAUGAGCAGC